AUGAAGCCGCCCGACUGUCACCUCACAUCCACAGCGCCUCAGAGCCACGAGGAGCCCCAGUGGUUCUGGCCCGUGGUGGUUCUGGCCCUGGUGGUUGUGGCCCCGGUGGUUCUGACCCUGGCAGUUCUGGCCCCGGCAGUUCUGGCCCCGGUGGUUCUGGCCCCGGUGGUUCUGGCCCCGGUUGUUGUGGCCCCAAUAGUUCUGGCACCGGUGGUUGUGGCCCCGGUGGUUGUGGCCCCGGUAGUUCUGGCACCGGUGGUUGUGACCCCGGUGGUUCUGGCCCCGGCAGUUCUGGCCCCGGUGGUUGUGGCCCCGGUGGUUGUGGCCCCGGUAGGUCUGGCACCGGUGGUUGUGGCCCCGGUGGUUGUGACCCCGGUGGUUCUGGCCCCGGUGGUUCUGGCCCCGGUGGUUCUGGCCCCGGCGGUUCUGGCCCUGGCGGUUCUGGCCCCCGGCGGUUUUGGCCCUGGCGGUUCUGGCCCUGGCGGUUCUGGCCCGUGGUGGUUCUGGCCCGUGGUGGUUGUGACCCCGGCGGUUCUGGCCCGUGGUGGUUGUGACCCCGGCGGUUCUGGCCCGUGGUGGUUGUGA